AUGUUCAGUUCGGCGCUCAAGUCGUUCUCCUCGAACAUAAAUUCCAAUUACACCGUUUCUUCGGCUCCCAUCUCUACAUCAGGGCCAUGGAAGAUAUAUGACGGAAAGAAGAAAUCGACUGGCAAAUCGGCGUCAAUCUUUGUCCUCGAUCGAAAGUCUCUAGAAUCCCAUUCAGGGUCACUUGGUCGAUCAAGUGCCUCAUCGAUAAAGCGCGCCAUAGAUGAAGUUGUCGAAAGACUAAAGAAGGAGGCAUCUUCCCUUGCUAGACUUCGACAUCCCAAUAUUCUAGAGCUUGUUGAGCCCGUGGAGGAGACAAGAAAUGGAGGUCUGCAGUUUGCGACUGAAACUGUGACUGCAUCGUUAUCCGGGUUGUUGCAAGAGAAAGAUGACCAAGAAAGAUCUGGAGGUGUGGGCGGUCGGUCGAGUCGAUACGUCACCGAAGAUUCGGAAGGGUCCCGGCGAAGGCGCGAGCUUGAAAUCGACGAGUUGGAAAUACAAAAGGGGUUAUUGCAAGUCAGCAAGGCGCUGGAAUUCCUACACGAUAAUGCAGGCCUAGUGCAUGGGAACUUGACUCCAGAUGCGAUUUUUGUGAAUACCAAGUCGGAUUGGAAGAUCAGUGGCCUUGCUUUCUCAAGUCCUCCUGAUAACUCAACCAAGCCAACCUCGGUGCAGCCCAUAAAUCUCUCGGAGAUAUUGAAUAUCGACCCACGGCUCCCUCAUUCUGUACAAAUAAAUCUUGACUACUGCUCACCGGAUUUUGUCUUGGACUCUAAUCUAAAUGUGGCAGCGGAUAUGUUCUCCCUCGGUCUUCUAAUAAUUGCCCUAUACAACUCCCCACAUACAUCUCCUCUACAAACCAACUCUAGCAUAUCAACCUACAAACGAAUAUUCACAUCCUCAUCAACUAUUCCUUCAGCUAGCAACAGCUUUCUAUCCUCCCGGCCGAUCCCAAGAGACUUGACCGCCUCGGUACUUCCCCGGCUUAUAACCAGACGUCCAGCGCAGCGGAUGACUGCAAAAGAGUUCCAGCAAAGUGAUUAUUUUGACAAUAUCCUAAUGUCUACAAUCCGCUUUUUAGACUCUCUGCCGGCGAAAUCUCCAAACGAGAAAGCACAAUUCAUGCGCGGACUUUCCCGAGUCCUACCGUCAUUCCCCCGAUCCGUCCUUGACAAGAAAAUCCUUCCUGCGUUAUUAGAAGAAAUGAAAGACCGCGAGUUGCUCUCUCUCAUACUGCAAAACAUUUUCACGAUUAUUGAACUACUACCAUCUGGCCGGCGGCCAUUUACAGAAAAGAUCAUGCCAAGGUUAAGAGAGAUAUUCAUAACGCCCAGUAAUCCCAAAGGUCCGGCUGAGCGGGACUUGGCUAAGGAAGCUGGACUUAUGGUACUGCUGCAGCAUAUGAAACAAAUUACCUCCAAUUGCUCGGGCAAGGAGUUUAAAGAUGAAAUCCUCCCUAUUGUACACCUGGCGAUUGAGUCUCCAACUCAUAGCAUUGUAGACGCUUCCUUGCGGACCUUGCCGAUGAUUCUCCCGGUGUUGGAUUUUUCGACUAUCAAAAACGAGCUGUUCCCCGUCAUUGCCUCGGUAUUUACCAAAACGAGCAGUCUCGCGAUCAAGGUUCGAGGAUUAGAAGCAUUUGUAAUUCUAUGUGGUGGUUCAAGUACCCUCGAAGCGAGUAAUGAUGGCCUAGAUGGUAUCAUGAAUACAAGUGCUAGCAAGAAGAGCUCCUCCACCGCUCUUGAUAAAUACACUAUGCAAGAAAAGAUUGUCCCUCUCGUAAGAGCAAUCAAGACGAAGGAGCCAGCUGUUGCGAUGGCCUCGCUUAAUGUUCUACGACAGGUGGGAGGUGUAGCCGAUGCGGAUUUUGUUGCUAUGGAUAUCUUACCCGUGUUGUGGAGCAUGAGUUUGGGGCCACUGCUUGACCUCACCCAGUUCCAGUCCUUCAUGGAACUUAUUAAAGCCCUGUCAUCUCGCGUUGAGGCAGAACAAACGAAGAAACUUCAAGAACUGUCGGGGGUGAAGGGAACGAAUUCUGCUCGGACUGACGAUUUCAUGUCAUUUGGUGCAACAAAUGCAUUCCCACCCAUAAAUGGCGGUUCUGAUGCCGGCGAAGUGGACUUCGAGCGACUCGUGAAGGGUGAUGUAUCAUCGAAUGGAUCUACGAACCCGCUGGAUUCUGGCUGGGACAGUGCUCCAGCAAAUCCAACGUCGCCAGCCGCGCGCAACUCGAUUCAAUCGAAAGCGCCUACAUUCUCUUGGUCGACACCAAGUCCAGCAACGCUGGCAUACUCUGGAAGUUCUAUGUCAACUCUUCAACCACAGCAAGCUGGACCUGCUUCGAGAACCGUCACCCCGGAUUUAUCCCGCUUUGAUGCACUUUCUCCAUCCUCAACUCAAUUUUCCAAACCACUGCAACCUCGGACGUCCUUUAAUACACCUUUGCAGGCUCAGACAAACACUUACAACUCGAACCCAGCUCCACAGCCUGUUUCUGGGUUUCAAACCCCGACAGCAGCUAACUGGGGUGCCGCCGCACCAAACCCCUGGAGUAGUAAUACCAAUUCCCAAUCCUUCAACGCGCCAUUACCACCUCUCGGAAAUAUUGGGAACUCAAUGUCAAAUAUGUCCUUAAACCAGCAAAGACCAGCCAUGUCUGCUCAAUCUUCAUUCUCACUACCUCCGCCACCAGGGUCAAGCUCAUUCGGGAUGCAGCAGAGCAGCGUGACGUCGCCGCCUCCACGGCCGGCUUUUGGGCAGCCUCCACAGCAGUCGAAUUUCCCUUCAGCGCUAGGGACUCCUGGCCAGGCGAAGCCUCCUACGCAAAAAUCGGGAUUGGAUGCUUAUGAGAGCUUGUUGUAG